UGACCUCAUUUAUUUCCGGGUUCAAAGUUUGCACUUCCUGUAACCGCCGCGGGAUUCCAAAAUCUGAAAUAACACUGCAUUUCAAAGCGUAAAACGACAAUUAACGACAGUAUUAGAUACAACUUGAAGACAAUUGUCAGCUGGUCCCGGUGAAGAUGUUGAGGAGGAAACCGACUCGUCUGGAGCUGAAAAUCGACGACACGGAUGAGUUUGAGAGCAUCAAGAAAGAGCUGGAGGCGCGGAAACGUCAGCGAGAAGAGGCCGAGUCGGCAGGCGGAGUCGGCGGUGGGGACGGGGCGCUCGGCGCCGACGGGGCCCGAGCGGCGCUCUCGUCAACGGCGGCGAGGGCGGACCUCAUCAACGAGAGGAUCGGCUUCAAGCCGCACCCCAAAGCAACCGUGCUGCCCGCGCUCUUCGGGAGUUUGCAGUUCUGAGCUCAGUCAUCGAAACGCAAAGAAAUUUUUAUUUUCUUUACAAAAGCACCUGUUCUUUUAGAAAAACGCGCCAUUCAUGCUAGUAUUCUGUACAGAGGGAAGCCAGCUGGUGGUGCUCAAAGAAUAGCUGAUGUCAUCUUUGAACAAAUAAAUAACAUUGCUACUGAUUGUCCCUCCCCCCACCCCAAAAAAAGGGCUGGAUUUGCUGAGAAAUAUAAAGUAUAAAUAUUAACCCUUUAUAGGGCAAGUAACUAUUUUUGGUCAUUACAACAACAACAAAAAAACAAGCCCAUCAAGACAUGGCGUCCACAACCAUAUAACGCCAGGUCUAAUUUAUAAUUUUUUCCCCCCAUGAUUCAUCAUUACUUCUUUUUGUACAUUUAUUUUUUAAAUGAAUAAAUACAAUUAAAAAUGAAUAAAGUGUUAAUAAAAAAUGAAAAAAAUAAAUUGUGACCCUCAAUUUGUUGAUUUAAGUCAUUGCCUGCCAUUGAUAGCGAUAGAUGUCCAAUUUAAACUGAGAGGAUGGAAGUUUAGAAUUUUAAGUCACUCCAUGGCUACCAUUGACAAUGAUAGACGUCCAAUUCAUUUUGACAGGAUUUUUUUUUUCUUUCCAAUCAACUGAUUGGCUGCCGAUGAUGGCGCUAGAAAAUGAAGUUGAUGCCUAGCGCUGUCAAUGGUGCUGAAAAA